AUGAAUUUAAUAGGAUAAAAAGUAUUAUUAGAUGGUCAAGUAAUUGAUACUUUGUCUAAUUAAAAGUUCAAAUUACCUGAUACUAAAGUUUAUGCUUGGUCAUUUCAUAAAUAAAAUAUUGUUGCACUUGGAAUAGCAAACAAUAUUUAAUUAUGGACAGAAAGAAAGCCUAAUGAUUGGUAAUUAGCUAUUACAUUUUAAUCUCAUCAAUAUCCUAUCAUUCAUUUAUCAUGGGCACCAUAUGAUGUAACUUUUGCAUCAAUUGAUCAAACUGGAUAAGCAUUAAUUCAUAAUAAAAAAUAAGAUAAUUGGGAUUAACCAAUAUCAUUAAAUUAAGAAAAAUAUUAAGUAAUAGCAUUUGCAUAAAAUAAAUCUACUAUAGCUGCAGGAGGAAAAUGUUUGGAUUGUAUUAAUUAAAUCUAAUUUUUAGUUUAUGAAAAUUUCAAAUUAGUGCAUAGAGUUAAUUUACCUGUCUAAUAAUUAGCAUAUAGCUUCACAGAUCGAUUGUUAGCUGUUAGUGAUAAUUCUAUCAGUAUUUUUGAGAGGAAUAUAUUAAAAUAACACAUAUUACUUGAAUAGAUUCCAUCAUCUGUUUAAUGGUCAUUAAGUGGAUCUAAAAUUUAUAUUUAAAUUCUAAAUGAAACAUUUCAGUAUGUGGAAAAUUUAUAUAAUGAAUUUGUAUUAUAAGAUUGA